AUGGAUGAUGAAUCGCAGGCUCCUCCUGCGCUUCAUGAUCGACUGAGUGAGUUACCCGAUUCCUUAAUCAUUUCGAUUCUUUCGUUGUCAUUGUCGACGAGAGAUGCUGUUAGGACAACCAUUCUCUCCAAACGUUGGAAAGAUCUCUGGACCACCGUUCCCUCCCUUGAUUUUAUGAAUCACAGUCGAGACUUUAUUUGUGGUGCUCUUGCACGAUGGCAAGGUACCAAGCUUCUGAAAUUCAGCAUAAACUUCUAUCCGAUUACUCUGCCUCAACACAGUGAUAUUGAUUCGUGGCUGCUCUAUGCGAUGGAGAAGCAAGUGGAAGAGCUAUCUGUUGAUUUGCGAUACAUUGGAGCUUAUCCCGAUCGUGUGGAAUACUGCGCGCCUCAGCGUUUGUAUUCAUGCUCCUCGCUCACAAACGUAUCUUUAAUUAGUUGUUACGUGGAAAUUGAUGAGAAUGUGCAGUGGAAUCGGCUCAAGAGCUUACACAUUGAAGGUCUCAAUUCCGUGAGCGAACAAGCCUUGAACCGAAUUCUUUCCGGUGCUCCUCUGCUGGAGGAGUUGAUUUUGUGCUUCUGGGAAAUUAGUGAAAACUUGAAUAUUCGAUCUACGAGUUUGAAGACGCUCCAUAUCGGCAGGCAUAAUCGUGAUUUUAGUGGAGUUGUUGUGAAUGGGGGAAUUCUGAGAAUUUGGGCUCCUAAUCUCUUGACUUUACAGAUUUCAGCUGUAUUUCAUGGUAUGUGGUUGUUGGAUGUCCCAUCUUUGAGUUCUGCAAUUCUUCAUAUUGAAAUGCGGGAAGAUGAAGUAAUGCUUGGCCACUUUUCGCCUUCUGCAACUGCAAAUUAUCGAGUUUUUCCGAGCAUUUGCAAUGUUGAGAAGGUCACAUUAUCAGUUUGGUGCACUCAGUUUCUUGUCCACGUAAAGAAGAAAGAUAUGGUUGUGCAGUUCUCGAAUGCUAAGUUUCUAAAACUCUAUGUUCAUGAUGGCUGGGAAAUACUUUGUGUUCUUGAGAUGUUUCCUAAUCUGAUGACGUUGAAAGUUAAAAUCGACCAGGAUUGUUGUCUUACUUCAGCAGAAGAGAUUCACGCGGCGCUUGUUGCAUGUAAUUCGAUGGCGCCUAUGAUGACUUUCCCCAGUCUCUCUCUUCUCCAACUAAAGACAGUUGAUAUUUAUUGGUGGAUAGGCGAAGCCUCAAUCGUUCCUGCCAUAGAAAUUCUGUUGGAAAACGGUCACAUGCUUGAGAAGAUGAUGCUUCGACUAGGUAUGUAUUUAGCUAAUCCAGAGACCUUCACUUUGGCAGAAGAGAAGGUGAUGAGUAUGUCGAGAUCCUCCCCUUAUGCAGAGGUGAUAAUAAGCAAAAAUAGAUAA